AUGGCGACCGUUUCGGAUUCCAAAAAGAGUAAUGCGCUCCGAUCUCUCCGUGUAGCUGUAUACGACGAGCAGACAAUCAAGGUCGCAUCGAAGAAGGAUCCCAAGAACAAACCUGAUGGUCCUAUUAAGCUGAAGAAGCCCGCGCCGAAGUACAAUAAGCCUGGAAACUGGAGGGAAGGAAGUAUCGUUGAAGAAGACAAGAAGUCGAAAAAAGACGAUUCCCCAACGAUUUCUGUCGCAUCCCCCGGACCUGUCGUAAACCCCCUCGAUGACAGCGCGCGCGAAGCCUUUGCAACCGGCCGACCGCUUGAGGAUACACCCGAUCUGCAGCAAUGCAAACACUGCAAGAAGAGUAUUCUCAAGACUGCUGCCAAGGCCCACAUCGCACAAUGCCUCAAGCUGAAGAAGGAGAAGGCCCAGCGCAAGAAAGAGGCGAGAGAAGCCCGUGAGCGGGCCAAGGAGGCUGCGAGGGAAGAAGAAGCCAGGAAAGCAGACGAAGAUGCCGACGGCAAGGGCGAGGACGAUAGCGAUGGUGACGAAGACGGUGCCGAAAAGAAGGCUACCGGCAGCAAGACCACGAAGAAGGCCGCGGGUAAGAAGACCGAUGGAGAUACGGGCAAGGGCAAGAAGCGCAAGGCAGACGGAGAUGCCGAGAAAGGGCCCAAACAGAAGAAAAAGAAGGAAGAACCCAAACCGAAAGCUCCUAAACCAAAAGGUCCCGUCGAUGUCGAACGGCAAUGCGGUGUCCUGUUACCCAAUGGACAGCCAUGCGCGAGAUCACUCACGUGCAAGAGUCACAGCAUGGGAGCGAAACGCGCGGUCGCGGGAAGAUCUCUACCCUACGAUAUGCUCCUUGCGGCGUAUCAGAAGAAGAAUCAGGCUAAACAGCAAAAGGCUGCUCUCGACGCCAACGCCCCAUUGGAAGACGAAGACGAGGCCAACGCCGGGCCGGUAGACUCGGACGAGGAGACGGCUGCUGUGAUGAGUGCGCUGGCGCAUUGGAAUCCGCAACCUGUGGUGCCGCAGCCACUGCUUAACCCAAUCAAGAGGCAAUAUCAGCUUGCACGUCUCCAUGAGCAGCUGCAGAUGGCAACAAACGGUGGCCGAACAAACAUAUUCAAAGUCAACGGCUUCGGUGCGCAGAGGCUGCCCCACGGUCACCCAGGCCUUAUGGACACGGAAGACGCGCCGGGAGAGCCCGACACGGCGGACAUGACCUUUGGAGGAGCUCGCAGAUCCUCGAGCUUCAGCAUGCAAGGCCAGCCACCACAACGAAGGCCAUCCGUGACAAGCAGGGCAUAG